CCCAUGGCGAGGGCGGCUGACGGCUGCUCUUUCAGGCGAGUUAAAGCAGAAUGCGGAUCUGAUUUGAUACGUGAUACUCAGAACUGACGACAUAUGUUAUAGCAGUUAUAAAAUAUAGCUGGAUGAACAUUUGGGGUCACUAACCGACAAGAUUAGGACAAUGGACAAGUCACUUGACAUGGAUCAGGAAGGCGCAGGUGAACCCGAGAAACGACCCAAGCCAGGCGAGAGAUAUGCUGACGGUGAUCCUGAGGAAAAGCGUCCCAGUCAUGGAGAGAUUCAGACCCCAUGUUUAGAGACUGGAGAAACGGGUACGCAGCUGCAGGGAACACAAAAGACAACCUUCAAACGAGUUAUGCAACAAGUCAUACCAGCUGUCCUCUAUGGAGCUAAAAGUAUCCUUACAGAUACCUGGCCACCUUUCAUACCACAUGGCCACAGUGUCCCUAAUGACACACACCAAGAGGAAACUGAUAACAUAGAUAGAACAACAGAUAACCUGAUUGGUGAAAGUGGAAACUUAAACAGAAGAAAGUCUAACAUAGCGGAGAACAAGAGAAGAGAUCACACUAUCAAAAGUGCCAAUCUGCCUUCUGACGAUCAAGCCUCACCCCGCCAAGCAGUCAUUGAAAUUGGAGAAACUAAUUUGACAGUUAUUGACCCUGGGUCUUCUGGUUUGAAGGUCAUUCAACCAAAUCAACAGCCUGGAGAAACUUAUCUCCCCAGAACCAAUCUUCCAAAGUCAGACGCUUUUGCAAAUGUUCAGGUUCCAUCCCUCCAGACUUCAGGGAUAAAUGUUCCAGCCAUAGAGACAUCAAAUAUCACUCAUGUAAAUUCAGUCGCGACUGCAGGCGAAGGACUCUCAUUCAUACAUGCUCCAUCAUUUAGCCAAAAAACACCAGACAAUAAAACGGACCCUCAGCCUGUAGCACCAGAAAAUGACCAAGAAACAAUAGAUCAACGUUUUAGAAACAUCUGUGAAACAACUCAGACAAUGAUCACACAGCAUGAAUCAGUGUAUGUGUCAACUUUUGGACAGAGGUUGGCAUUGAAACAUCUGCAACACCGUGGAGCAAUAUUUAUGAAAGGACGAUCUGGUUCUGGGAAAUCUAGAUUAGGGCUGAGACUCCUUGCUGACGUCUCAAGGUUGACACAUAGGAUACCUAUAGUCUUGACAGCGGCAGAACAGUGGAGAGAUAUCCCCCAGAAACCCAAAAAUGUAGCAUCUGGAAAACCAGCGAAUAAUUAUGUCGUACUAAUAGAUGACAUUUUCGGAUCGACUAAUUUUGUUGAAUCUCGUUUUGAUGAAUGGACAAGAGUGUUUGAUGUCAUGCAUCCUUCAGUUGAAUCUGGCCAUGUAAUGCUGGUGUUGACAUCUCGACCAGACAUAAGUGACCAAUGCCAGUCCCGACUGAAAAAAUACAAACUUAACAGUCAUAUGUUCCAUCUAACUUUAGAUGAAGGUGAAUUUACACUUCGACCGAAGGAAAAGAAGUUGUUACUCAAAAGGAUUUGCCAAACAAAAGUGAACUUUACUGAAGAGGAGAUCAAUGUGAUAGUACAGUUAAAGACAACACUUGGAUUCCCCCAGUGUUGUCACUAUUUCGCAAGAAGUAAGCAAGCACAGAGUCAAAGGGUCAUUUUUUUCCUAAAACCAAAUGAGUAUGUGUUGGAGGAAGUAAACUGUUUGCAAGAGAGUGAUGGGCUUGGCUAUCUGGUUCUGUUGAUAGUGUUAUUUGAAAAGGGAUAUCUUGAUAACAAGUAUCUUCAUCCUCACAAAAGCCCACAAGAGUUUAAAAAAAGGUUAGAUUAUUUGAUAGAAUUAGGCUCAAAUCUAUCCAAAAAUCCAAGUCUUUAUGACAUCAAACAGAAGGCUGAUUCACUUUGUGGUGUAUACCUGUGUCACACUGGAAAGGGAUACGUUUUCCAGCACCAGUCAAUAUUCGACGCAGUUUUCAUUAACAUUUCCCAAGUGUAUCCUGACAUUUACAUUCCCUUGUGUCCUGCUAACAUACUUGUAGAAUUUGUCAGAACAUCAGAAGGUGAAUGUGAGAACAGAAGAAACCAGGUGCUCUUGAACGAGGAACAUCAUGAAGCGUUUGCUGACCGAAUAACUCAACUGAUGCUGAGUGAAGAAAUGGUCACUGGUCAUAGUAUUUUAAACCACCCGACUCUACGAAAUGAAACAUUUGUAAAUUACUUAGUAGAGAGAUGGAUUUCUCAAAAUAAAGUUAGGGAUAUUGUUUCUCAUAAACUUGGAAAGCCAAGGGCAAUUUUGGAGUUCAUACCCACAUGUUAUGUGACACAGAUUUUAGAAGUCAAUACGUUGCUGGAGCUUUUCAUUCUUACUAAAAAUACAAUCAUGUUCAACAUUCUAUCGGAAAGGUGCAGCCUUACCACUGAUGUGUUGCAGUGUUGUUUGCCCUGUGCUAUCUAUGUAGGGAGUAACAUACUUACAGAGACACUUUUAGCCCAAGGAGCUAAACCAAAUGUGAGCUGCUUCAGCGCUCUUUGCGUUGCAAGAGGCAUUGCUACACACACUACGGAAAGAAUAUUUACAAACGUUUGGGAUGAACAGGCAAACGAGUAUAAACACAACUCAGAUAAUGUGCCUAUGUUGAGUUACAGCCACUUUUCAUUGGCAGUACUUUGUGGAAACUAUGCUGUUGUGAAACUGCUAACAGAUAUAUUGAAGCAUGAGAGAAAAAACAACAUCAUAUUUGAAAAUUCUUUAAGACAGCUGUUACUUGAGCUUCAGACAACUAACCCGUAUCCACAGUUCAAACCGUACGACAUGGACAACUUGACAAAGAUAAUGAAGAUUCUACUGAACAAUUAUCAUGCCAACGAUACUUAUUACCUCUGCUGCUUAGCAUCGGCUCACGUUGAUGCAUCAGCUCUGAAACUGAUUCUGGAACUCAACAAGACAGUUACAGUUGAAUCUGAUACAUAUAUUGCAUGGAGCAUAUUUUCAGAUUAUAAAAACCCAUUUGAUCAAGCUGCAGCAUAUGGUGGGGCAGACUGUUUGGAAGCUCUGUUACAACAUAGCAGUGUUCCUUUCAUAAAUCCCAUUGAUGAAGGUAAAAGGCCCUUGCUUCACAUUGCAGCCGGACAUGGAAACACAAAAUGUGUUCAAAUGUUGCUGAGAUUAGGCAAGCCUGUUAACUCGACGGACUUCAUUGGGAGGACCCCAUUACACUGGGCUGUAUCAAACAACCAUACUGAAUGUGUAAAGCUACUGAUGGAUAAAGGAGCAUCUAUUGCUGUGCAGGACAAUUUCAAUGGGACACCUCUUUCUUCAUGCACAAACAUAGACAUUAUUAAUCACGUACUAAAGUCGGUUACUGAUAUUAAAAUCGAAUUGAAAGAAGAGCUUGUUCGCAGAACAAUUGAAUUUGGGGACUUGAAGGCUUUGAGAUUAUUGUGCAAAAUGAUUGAUGUACAUAUGGGUUUGGAAAAACGCUCCACGCACAUUGAGUGGGAUACUGUUUAUGCUGAAACGGUACUUCAUGCUGCUUGCAGACAUGCUGAUAUGGAAAAAGUGCAAUAUUUGUGUGAAAUUGGAGCCAAUGUUCAUGCAUUAGACACGGAAGGGGAAACCGUUAUACAUGCAGCAGCAGGAUCACACUUUCUUGGAGUAGAAAAACUUGAAUAUCUGCUUAAUGUGAAAAAGGUUCCUCUUCAUACAACAGACAAUGGGGGGAGAACAGCUCUUUUUCAAGCAGUUAUAUCAGCAGUGGAUACAGGCGAUGUUGAGCCUAUGGCGUUUCUGAUAGACAAAGGACUGAGUGUUAACCACAAGGAUAAAUUAAAUAGACACACCUUGUUAUACAUAAUGAUACGUUGCUCUACCCAUUGUCCAAACCCAAAACAUUUUUCAGAAGCCAUUACAAUCCUUCUGAAUGCACAUGUUGAUACUAAUCAACAAGAUCUUGAAGGUAGAACAGCUCUCCACUUGGCAAUUGAGAAGCAGAACAAGGAGAUUGUCAGGUUGCUUCUUGAAAAUGGCUCAAAUGCGAGUCAAUUGACUAACUAUGGAGAAACGCCUUUACACUAUGCUGCACAAUGCCCUCUACCGCAAAAUGUCCUUGACAUUAUGAAGCUGCUUCUAGAACACCAGACAGAUAUGGAUGCACAGAAUUGGAGGUGGAUGACAGCACUUCACCUUGCUGUUCAGUCAAAGGAAAUUGGAAGAGUAAUGUUGCUACUGCAACAGAAGGUCAACCUCAAUUUACAAGACUACAAGGGAAGCACCGCCCUCCAUUUUGCAACACAGAUUUCAUGUUGGCCAAUUGCUUCACGCCUAUUAGAUAAAGGCUGUGAUGCAAAUAUACGAGAUUAUUAUGGCAAAACAGCAUUGCAUUAUGCAUCAGAAUCUGACUACAUCUUUAAUAUUCUUCUUCUCCUUGAAAAAGAUGUAGAUAUAAACGCGCAGGAUAAGGAAGGACAGACAGCCCUUCACAUUGCUAUAAGUCAUGGCGGGAUGAAAGCGGUUGAGUUGCUUUUAGAGGAAGGCAUAGACACAAUGCUUCAAAAUAAUAAAGGGAGAACAGCCCUCCACGUUGCUGCAGUGGUGGAUAACGUUUAUGUACGAAUGCUCCUAAAUGUAGGUGUGGAUCCAAACGUACAAGACCAACAGGGUAUGACAGCACUUUCAUGUGCAAUAGAACGUGAACAUGUCCAGAACAUUGCACUGCUCUUCGAUAAAGUGACAGACCCAAACUUACUUGACAGUGAGGGCCAAACGUUAUGGUUUUAUGCAUGGUCAGAAUACACAUGGAAACUACUGCUGGAAAAAGGAGCUGUUCCAACUAUCAUAGAUCGAAAGGGGAGAACAGCACUUCACUAUGCGGCAAGAUUACAUACAAAUAUCAAUUUAAUAAAACUAUUGUUUCAAAAAGGUGUCAAUCACCUAUUGAAAGACCACACAGGGAGAACAGCCCUUCACAACGCUGCUGAGACAGGAUGUGAAGAGACAAUUCACCUUCUCCUGGAGAUGGGUGUUGACCCAAGCAUCAAAGAUGAAACAGGAAAGGUUGCUCUCCAUUAUGCUGCAUGCAGUUUGAAUAGUGGUGGCGUAAAAUUGCUGUUAGAAAAGGGUGUUAACCUGGCUGUAAAAGACAACACUGGCGGGACAGCUCUUCAUUAUGCUGCACAGGAAGGAAUAACUGACGAUGUUGCGUUGCUCUUAGAGAAAGGUUGCGACAAAAACGAACAGGAUAGACAGGGAAAGGUGGCACUUCAUUAUGCUGCAGAGAGAAAAGAGAGUGACAUUCUGAAACUGUUAAUCCAUAAAGGGGCGAAUCCCAGCGUAGUGGACCUAAGUGGUAGGACAGCCCUUCACUAUGCUGCAAUGAAAGGAACAUUGGACAGUGUUAAGGCGCUUUUAUUAAAAGGUGUUGACGCAAAUAUACAAGAUGGGCUGGGUAAAACAGCACUUCACUAUGCAACAGGGGGAUCUGAUAGCGAUUUUGUUGUACAAGACACAUGUUACAAGCAAACUGCCCAAGUACUCUUAGAAAGUAGCAAUAAUGUCAAUAUCAAAGAUGACAGGGGCAUGACAGCCCUCCACCAUGCUGCAUGGGCUGGCAAACGUGAAACUAUGACUCUACUUAUUGAAUAUGGUGUUAGUCUUUGUAUGCAAGAUCAGCAAGGCAUGACAGCACUUCACUAUGCAGCUGAAAAGGGAAAUAUCGAGUGUGUCAAACAACUCCUACAGAAGGACAUUGACCCAAGCAUACAAGAUAAUGAGGGCAGGACUGUUCUUCAUUGCGCUACAAAGAAACUACACAGAGGCAUUUUUGCAAAUAUUCUUCAGAAAACCAGUGACCCAUCUAUACAAGACCACCAAGGACAGACAGCUUUUCACUAUGCAGUUCAUGUUUUCAAAUCUAUGUGUGAGGGGAAUAUCGUAUACAAGAAGUAUUUUUACAAUAUUCACAUGAAAGCACUCACUGACUGUGUUGCACAGCUUAUUGAGAAAGGCAUGGACCCCAGUAUUCAGGAUCACAAAGGACGGACAGCUCUUGAAUAUGUUGAAAAUGGGAAUCGUCGUGCCAUUAUUAAAGAGCUUCUGGAGUAAGGGAUGCACAAAUAUGUUCUCAAUUAGAGUGAGUGAGUG